AUGACAGCGACCGUCCAAGAAGUACGAAACUCUUCAUAUUCAGAAAAGAAUUUCAAAAAGGAUCUGGAGCAUAGAGAGAAUGCUUCGAUCCAGCCGGGCAAUGUUACCUUCGUUGACGACGACCCGGGUGUCAAACCUCAGGUACAUUUGAGGACAUGGAUCGCUGUAGCCGCCAUGUGGAUCGUCAACUUCACAGGAGUAUUGGCACUUAACGGACCGCCGACUGUGCUAUCAUUCAUGGCUGAAGAUCUUCAUGGCACCGCAAACCAGACAUGGAUCGCAAAUUCCAUUUCCUUGGUUCAAGCUGUCAUCUGCCCAGUGCUCUGUUCAAUUUCAGAUGUAUUUCAGAUGAGGAAACACCUCCUGCUUGGCUGCGCGGUCAUAUCUUUUGUAGGCUGCGCUAUUGCUCCGGGGUCGACAAAUGUGUACCGUGUCAUUGCUGCUCAAACAAUGAUAGGAUUUGGUUUUGCCUCUAUUCCUUUGUGUUUAAGUGUACCCAGUGAGAUCCUACCACGAAAGUGGCGGCCACAGGCCCUGGGUAUGAUGAAUGUUGCUGCUUCAAUUGGAGCCUCCGUUGGACCAAUUGUUAUAGGUUCGUUAACCAAAGAUACUGCAGAAAAUGGCUGGCGAUAUUUCUAUUGGUUUCAAAUGGGUCUAUGGGGCCUCGCAGCUCUCGGUGUUCUCACUUGCUAUCAGCCUCCAAAGCGACAUACACUUCUAGAUCACCUGAGCCUGUUUCAAAAGAUCGGACGAAUCGACAUUAUAGGUGCAUUCCUCAUGACCGCGGGCUUAGCGCUCUUUCUUGCUGCUCUUAAUUUAGGCGGCACGAGUUUCUCUUGGGUAUCGACGCAAGUUCUGAGCCCGUUGCUCGUAGGAGUCGCCGUGUUGGUUGUUUUUGCCGUUUACGAAUGGAAAGGCACCACUAUCGGGAUCUUGCACCAUGACCUGUUCCGUCUUGGCAAGCCAUAUAAGCGUACAUUGAUCAUUUGUUAUGCUUUGGUCGCCGUUGAGGGUGCCGUAUUAUUUUCAUACGUCAUCUUUUACCCCAUCACGACCGAGACAUUGUUUGAGACGGAUCCGUUGUUAGUCGCUGUGCGUCUGAUCCCAUUCUGGCUCGCCUCCGGGUUGAGCACUAUGGCAUUUGGAUGGUUCAGCACCAAGUUUCGCACCAUUAAGUAUCCCCUGGCUGUCGGCUACCUCAUUUAUAUGGCAGGAAUGGUCGGCUUUUCGACGAUCCAACCAGGCCACAACGCCAAUGCCGUUGCUUUUGCUAUUGUAUCGGGCCUUGGAUUUGGCGGGCCACUAAUCUUGGUCUUUACGGGGGUCCAAUUGUGUGUCCCUCAUUCACUACUCGCAACCGCCACUGCUGUUUGCACCAGUAUUCGAUCUGUGGCAGGCACCGUAUUCACGGCCAUAUAUUCUGCUGUUUACGCCUCCCGGAUCAGCGGUAAUAUCUCGAGUUACGUGUCCAAAGCUGUAACCGAAGCAGGUCUGCCAACAGAAUCGAUCGGGCCGUUCAUCGCUGCGUUGACUGGCGCGGAUGCUCAAGAAGGUCUAUCAAAGGUCGAGGGUAUCAACGAAACAAUCGUCGCAGCUGGAGAGGCUGCCAUCAAGCAUGCUUACGCCGACAGUCUUCGGUACUCCUUCAUUAUCGCCGCUGCUGUAGGAGUCGUAGGUUUUAUCUUGUGUUUCUUUGUUGGUGAUUUGAAGAGCACUAUGAAUUACCAGAUUGAUGCAGGACUUGAGAAACCUUCGGCUGAACGUGCAGAAGAAAACUAA